AUGAUGAUUUUAGCUGGUAGAAAUGGUCCUUUUGGCUUUUUCCAACUCCCAGUAACAUCAACUUCCACUGCAGCUGACGUUGUUCGCUUGCCAGCAACUUCCAUUCAGAACCCGCUGUGUUUGUCACCAAAUUCACUUUCACUGAAUAAGAAACAAUCGAGACCGACAUUUACCGGACAUCAAAUAUUUAUGUUGGAGAAGAAAUUUGAGCAAACAAAGUAUUUAGCUGGAUCAGAUCGAGCCCAACUUGCUCAAGAACUGAGUAUGAGCGAAAGUCAAGUAAAAGUUAGUUGCUUUUUUAUGAUAUUUAAAUUCAAGUACUUUCAGGUUUGGUUUCAGAAUCGACGCACAAAGUGGCGGAAGAAAGAAGCAGCAGACAAUGCUUUAGUAAAACGUGGUGAAACGCACGAACCUAGUACGGGACGCACCCAGCAAUUACGUGGUUUAACAUCGUUUUUGUCAUCGUCGAACUGA